GUGUCGCCUCUCCUGUCCUGCCACGCACGGGUUUCGGUUGGGCUCCCUUCCGUCCCCGAGGGGAGGGAGCCAAGCGACCGGCCGGGGGAAGCAGAGGCAAUGGCGCCUGGCUCGCCGUUGAAGCGCCCGGAGCGGCGGGGCUACAAGGGCCCGCUACGCGAGAAGGCCGUCCCCACGGCGGGGCUAGCCGUGGCCGUAGCGACCGCCGCGCUGCUGCUGCUGCUGCUGCUGCUCUGCGCCGCCGCGCUCCGCUGCUCGCCGGCCAUCGGCUGCGCGCAGUCCGCCGGGACGACGCUCUGGGCCAGCGGGGUCUCCGUCGCGGCUGAGGCGGACGUGGCGGCGUCGGCGUCGGCGUCGGCGUCAGCAGGGAAGAGCGACGACGAGGGGCAGUGCGACCUGUUCGAUGGGGAGUGGGUGUGGUCCGACGGCGGCGGCGCCGGAGGCGGCUACCCGCUCUACAGCUCCGUGGACUGCCCCUUCCUCGACGUCGGCUUCCGCUGCGCCGACAACGGCCGCCCCGACGCGUCCUACACCAAGUGGCGCUGGCAGCCGUCCCGCUGCCAUCUCCCCAGAUUUGAGGCCAAAAGCAUGCUGGAGAGACUACGGAACAAAAGAGUAGUAUUUGUCGGUGAUUCAAUUGGAAGGAACCAAUGGGAGUCUCUACUUUGCAUGCUCUCUACUGCUGUUCAUAACAAGAGCACUAUAUAUGAAGUUAACGGCAGUCCCAUCACGACGCACAUGGGUUUCUUGAUUUUCAAAUUUAGAGACUACAAUUGCACCGUGGAAUACUACAGAUCUCCAUUUGUAGUCCUCCAAGGUCGUGCACCAUCUGGAGCCCCUGAGAUUGUUAAGUACACAAUUCGAGUGGAUGCCAUGGAUUGGAUGUCUGACCGGGGUAAGUGGAAGGAUGCUGAUGUAUUGAUCUUCAACACUGGGCACUGGUGGAAUAAUGAGAAAACAAUCAGGGGGGGUGCCUACUUCCAAGAAGGAGAUGAGGUGAAAAUGGACAUGACUGUAACAGAUGCUUACAGAAGAUCGAUACAGACAUUGUCAGAUUGGCUUCGCAAAGAAGUUAACACAAGCAAGACUCAUGUCAUAUACCGCACAUAUGCUCCUGUGCAUUUCAGAGGUGGUGACUGGAACACCGGAGGGAGCUGUCACCUAGAAACUCUUCCGGACUUGACGCCGGUCGAGUCGCUAGAUGAAUGGGCUGAAUUUCUUCAACCAGUGGAUGAUUUUCUAGGGAACAACAACCUCAGAUCCAAGGUUGCUGGUUUAGACCUGCUGAACGUGACGCGGAUGACGGCUCAGAGAAAAGACGGCCACCUCUCGGUGUACCUGAGCCCUUCAGGAACCGUCCCCCGCUACAAACAGGAUUGCAGCAAUUGGUGCCUGCCUGGAGUCCCUGAUGCCUGGAACGAGCUCCUUUACGCCCUCGUCAUGAGGAGACAUCCGAGGAUGGAUGGAAGUGUUCCCCUCCAUGGCCGUAUGACUCUGAACUCUGGCUGAUGAUGUGUUCCACUGAACACCCUCCUAAAGUCUGAAGAGCAAAGAGGGAGGUGGCAAACCCAUUGGCAUAGCAAGCUAGGAUGCCAGAAUAGCGAGGCGCUUUUUUUUUUUUUUUUGGUUGGUGGGUGUUGGUAUGCAGUAGUAAGAUGCACCUCCCUGCUGUUAGCUGGGGCUAGGGGGCUACAGUGAAUGAUGUAAAUAUAUAUAGCAGCGGCGGUGAAAUUAGCAAAGGAUAACGCUUUUGACUGAAGCGAAUCUGUAAGCUAUAUUUGCUUCACUACUCAACCCCAUAUCUGCAAGAGAAACUGUUUCAGGGGUAAAGUGUGGUUUGUAUUUGAA